CGAGCGUUUUUAGUACAAUUGAAUCUUAAAUGACGAUACAAAUCUCGUAACAAUGCACAUUGCUUGCUGUGAAUACUGCUUCAGUCGUUCUAGACCAAUCGCUACCGAUCUAGAAUGACACUCCCACUUCAGUCGUGACAACACGUGCCCGUUUUUCUACGAUUACCCAGGAAGCCUCCAGAUAGCUUAUUCCCAGUGGAGUCUAGCUGGGACUAAACAAAUUAUCUCAUGAUUUUCAAAUUAGAGAUUAAGCUUGAUGAACGGGUUGCUGUCAAUUAAGGUCCUUUAUAUGCAUGUUCAGUUUUACCAGGGACGUAUAAUACAAAAAAUUGUCUAGGAAUGAAAACGUUUAUAUCACUGAAAACAAUCCUGGAACUCUUAACCUUAUGUAAAUUGGUGAAUUUUGAUCAGAAUCCUUCAAGGAAUGACAGCUCGCAGUCUCCGACAAGUUUGUGUUUCAGUGUUGAAGGGUCAAGAUCAGAUCUCAAGCAACACGUUUAUCAAUUGCAAGGUUCUGUAAGAUAAGCCAGCUUCAAAAGAUGUCUACAGAUUCUGAGCCUCCAAUUCAUGAUAUGAUAAAACCGUUGUCAUGGCUACUUGGAAAAUGGAACGGACAAGGUGGUAUUGGAAAGUAUCCUACUAUCAAGGACUUCAGUUAUAACGAGGAACUGACCUUUAGUCAUGUUGGACAACCAAACAUCCAGUUUAGUUUUUAUUCCUCACAUGCGGAGACCAAGAAGCCGCUUCAUCGUGAACUAGGAUUUAUACGUAUCCAGCCAGGCACAACACACUGCGCUUUGCUGAUAGCACACAACCUCGGUGUGAGUGAAGUAGAAGAAGGUGAGUUUACAGACACAGAAAUGAGGACAGAAUCUCAUACUGUUGGACGUCUGACAUUUGGUAAACCACCAGAAACAAAAAAGAUCAUAAGAGUCUUCCGCAAGAUUGGUGAUGACCUUGAACAAGUCGUUUCUAUGGAAACUGCAAACACACCAAUGACCGAACACCUACGCAUUACAUACAAAAAAGCUGUGCCCUGAACCAUUUACAUGUGCAUCAAUGAAAAUUGAAAUCAUUCAUGUUCUGACUUAUCAUAUCAAGAUAAAUUUAGGAAUCUGUGAUAAAGAAAUGUGAUCAAUUGUGAUUUCACUCUGUGAAAUAAUUCAAUUUAUAAUUAAGUAUACAAAAAAUUGGAUGAUUGAAAUAUUAAUGAAUAGACUAUAUUUCAAAGCCUGAUAAAACAUGUUGCAUGGUACAAAAUGUUGAACAAAAUCUGCAGAAAAAAAAUAUAUUUUUCUUGUCAUGACAAAAGGCUUUGCUAUAAUUUAUUGAACUCAUAUUAAGCCUUUUCCCAAAGCUGCAUUUGGGUGAAUGAGACAUUGUUAGGACCAUUGGUUCUUAUGUAAAAUAUGUGCCAUUUUUUUAAACUCGUAUUCAAGAGAAUAUUGGUGUUUUGGUGACAAAUUAAUUUGUAAAUAAAAAAAGAAUUGUGUGAUUUCCACACAAUAACGAACAUGUGAUUUAACUUGCCAAUUAUGAAUGUGAUUUAAUGAUAUAUGUAUGAUAUUUCCUGGAUUAAUGGAGUGAUUGUUUUCUUUACUGCACAAUGUAUAUGUGAGUGAUAAAGUUGAUAACACUUUAUCAAUAAAUUGGAAUGACAGAUUUUCAAAUUUUCUUCCUGUAAAUGAAUAGGAGUCUGAUUUCAAUUUAUGUUUGAUGAAUGUGUACAAAUGGAUUUCAGGUGUGUACUGUGUUAAGACCAGCUUUGCAAUUACAAGCAAAUCCCUGUGUCGUUUUGUGUUUCUCUGGAAAAUGAGAAUCAGACCAGUUUGUGCUGAUGUUGUGCAAUCCUUGAGCAAAACAGUUUACCUGAAUUGCUCUGUGUGGAAUGCAACCGGCCUCCUGUAUGUUGUUCAGUGAGGUAGCUACCAGCUACUACAAGGAAACUCCACCUCAAAAUGACCCUGGCUUUUUAGGGGACAAAAAACCCAGCAAACAAAGGCAGUUGUGAUUUUGAUUUUGUGUGUAAUUUUGUCUUUAUAAAUGAUGAGUGUGAUGACUUUCUUUAACAUGAUAUAUACUUUACUAGAACAGCUGAGAUGAUUUAUCUGUGUCAUUAAUUUUGUUAUAACACUCAGGAAUAAGCCUUCCUAUACAAUUAUCUACAUGUUUGUUUGCCUAAAAGUAUUAGGAAUUAAUUACUUUGGCACAGUUUGUAUCAACGAGCAGUGGAGCAGGUUUCGAUGUAAGACCUCUGUGUUAAUAUUGGUAAAUUAUCUAUACAAAUGUAUUCACACUUUUUCUCCUGACCUUGCAGCCCUGGUAGUCUAUUCAGUUAAUCUGAAAACUGAAACAUCCUGGAUUAUCAACUCCCUGAUCAGAUCCUGUAACUUCUGUUCCUCAUGGAAAUGAUGAAGCCUAUGAACUGUACAUGGAUAUCAAACAUGUAGAUGAUUCUGUAAAGUAUAUCCCAUGGUGAGAUUUUUAGGCAAGCUGUAUGGUUAAGUCUAUUAAUAUUAGGUUCCUUGUAAAAAAGUUGUGACACAAAAACUUAUUUUCAUUCCUUUGCCAAGCUAAUUGCAAUUUUCAUAGAUUUAUGUUACAGUUGAGUGAUAUGUGAAUAUAUACACACAUUUUAUCACCAGUGCACCACUGUAAGAAAGCAAUUAAUCAGAUAUUCUAUGACAGUGAUAUUGAUAUAGUCAAUCUGAGGCAGUUUUUUUUAUUGCGGAAUCAAAGUUGGACUGCUGAGGAAAAAAGAAAAAGAAAUAAUUAAAGCCAAGCUUAUUUGAGAUAGAUUAUUUCUUUUGAAAAAUUCUGCUUUGUUGUUAAUUUGUGAUUGUGUAUGUUUUUACCAAAAUAAAUAAAGUACUUUUUGAAAUAA